UCCAAGUAAGCUUCACUUCUGGAAAUGGUGAUACCAGUGUUUUUCUCACUCUAUCUUCACUCGCAUGGAAAGAAGAAAAUGGAAAAGUAAUACAAAGACAAGUUGAAAUGAAUUGGAUUCAUAAUAAUACAUACGAAGAAGCAUGGGUUUGUCUUUAUAAUCACGAUCCUUUUGAUUCUAAAGAAGAUUGUCUAGUAAAAAUUAAUGUAACGAACGAUCCUACAGGUUAUCACAAAACGGAAUUCGGUUUCCCAAAAAUAAAUUUUAAACCCGAUAAUUUAACUGAUGAAUGUCUUCAUUACUGGAUAGCUCUCAUUUCCUCAGGGGAUAUCAUUGUGUCAUCUUGUUAUAGGGCACAUCCUCACUGGAUGAUUAAUCUACGUGAUCAGAUAGGCAACUAUAGUUUAGAUGAAUUGAUGCUUCCAGGAACUCAUAAUUCUGGAAGUUAUCAAAAUUAUGAUCCUAGAAAAGAUAACUUAAUGAACAGAUACAUUGUAACUCAAGACGAAACAAUAUGGAAUCAAUUGGUAUAUGGUAACAGAUAUUUAGAUAUUCGUGUUGCAUAUCAGAAUGAUACAUUCUUCAUAACCCAUAGUGUUUUUGUAUCAGAUAUUCCUCUAGCGAAAGUAAUCGAAGACAUAAAACUCUUUUUAAAUUCCACCCAAGAAAUUGUAAUUUUAGAUUUUCAUCGAUUUGAAAAUGGUUUUAAUGGGCUCAACUCGGACAGAAUACAUUUAAAAUUAAUUCAGUAUUUGGAAAAUGAGCUCAGCUCUAUAAUGAUACCUUCCAGUUAUGGUUAUAAAGUCUCUUUAAAUACGUUAUGGAAAAAUAAUCGAAGACUUUAUGUAGGUUAUACUAGUUAUUCUACAGAAUUUGGAUUUAGCAGUGAAUAUCUCUUCAGAAAAGUAAGCCAUCAAUGGGCAGAUGCAGACACUAUUCACGAUCUCGAAGAAUAUUUUAACAGAACUGUUUGUAAAAGAAUCAGAAAGAAUUUGCAAUCUUCUAUGGCACAAAUGACACCCAAAAUGGCUGGAAUUUUUUUUGAUAGAUAUAAAGGUUUGCGUGUUAUGGCACAGACGGUCAAUUUAAAAGUCACAGAAUGGUUUCGUGAGAGAUGGUGGCACUGUGCCAAUAUUGUUGCAACUGAUUUUUUUCAUGGGAAUAAUAUUAUUGAAGUCGCAAUUGAAGCUAACAAAAAAAGAUGGUUACAGAUGUCUAUAUAUUAAGAACACUAUCCAUUGGUUAAAUAUAAACAUAAUUAAUUAUAAUUAGUUUUUUUGUAAUUCACAGAUAUAAAUUAUAUGUUUAUUAAUGAAAGGGAAAAUGAUGUUGACACUAUCGUAUAAUAUACAAAAGUGCCGAAUAUUAUAAGAAAUUUGAUAAUGAACUUCGAUGAAAAAUUGUUUUUUGAAUUUUCUUGUAAAAAAUUUUUAUAUGAAAUUUUUAUAUUGUAUUAUUUUAUUUCAUUUGUAAAAAUAAUAUUUAAUGCUUGUUGUGUUUAUUGUGAAAGAAAGUGUAUAAGUGUAUGGUGAUAAUAAAAAAUCCAGCAACGA